GGACGGUUCCUGUAGUUGGACCUCCUCUCGCUCGGUGGCGCUGGUGCGUCACUACAGAGCGCAGAAGAAGAGCGCGCUUCUCGCGUUUUGAUUCUCUCGGCUGCCGUACAGACGCCUCGUUCUCACCAUGGUUCUGGAGAAGAAAAGUUCGGCCCGGGUGGAGGCGGGUCAGCGCCGGGUUCUGGAUGAGGCCACCCGGCAGAGGAGACUGAGCCGGCAGCUGGAGGCUCUGGAGAAGGACAACUUCCAGGACGACCCCCUGUCCUCCCUCCCUCCUCCGGGUCCCACCGCCCGCCUGCCGGCCUUCAGCGAGACAGAAGAACCCGAGAAGAAGAGGAGGAAGACGAGGGGGGACCACUUCAAGCAGCGCUUCAGGAAGAACUUCACCGCCCUGCUGGAGGAGGAGAACUUGUCGGAGAGGCCGGAGCCUAACUACCUGUCUGCUGCGGCGCCGCCUUCGUCGCUGCCCCCCCGUCACUUCUGCUGCGUGUGCGGUUUUCCCUCCCACUACACCUGCAGCACCUGCGGGGGGCGCUACUGCAGCAGCAAGUGUCUGUGCACGCACAGAGAGACCAGGUGUCUGAAGUGGACGCUCUGACGUUACCAUGGCGAUGAAGGAGUUCCUGCUGGACUGGAGGCGGUUCCUGGUUGGUUCCGGCCCUGCAGGACAUUAAGCCCCGCCCAUGAUCGUCCUGUUAGAAAUCUGCUUGUAUGUCCUCCUCCUCCUCGUCAGGAAGCUCCACCCCUGUGACCCCAGAGGUCACCCCUCAGACCUUCUCCUCCUCGUCUCCUGCUCCUCCUCCUCUCCUGUCUCUGCAGAGUCCGGAGCUUCAGGCCGAGUUUCUGAAAGAACGCCAAAACAAGUUCCAGUUCCACGAUGACAUCACUUCCUCCACCACCUCCCCUUCUUCACCUUCAUCACCCUGCUCCUCCUCCCCCCGGAGCUCCUCCACCUCCCCAUCCCCCAACGGCAGACAAGCUCGUCUGUCUCUGUCCAGCCCUGAGCUUCUGACGGAGCUGAAAGAGUCCAGGACACGCCCCCUCCGACAUGUCCCCGCCCACACAGGCAUGACCAUCGUGUUCUCUGGACGAGGACGUGGAGCUCAAGGACAGGUGUCAAACUCCGCCCCCACCGCCAAACCAGCCAAUCACAGGAUCAGUCACUGAUGGUUCAGACACAACUUGAAACUGUGACACACCUCCUGACCUCAGUCUGCCGGACUCACCGAAUACCAUAACGUCUCAAACUGGGGAGGCCCCGCCCACUCUUGGGGCUCCGCCCCCUGCUGCAGGGCAGCAGAGGGACGACCUGCAGAAGCGGUUCUUCAGUACCGUCUGCUGGUCCGUCACAGAUCCAGUCCCUGAUGGUCUGUCGACCAGCUUCAUGUUUAUGUGAAUGUUUUCUGUUUGUGCUGCGUUUCUUUAUGAAAGCAUCAGUUUGUUUGUGACAGGAGGAUGUCGGCAUGACGACAAAACCUGAUGUUUACACUUCAGACCUGUUAGAAACGAAGGUAAACGAGAAACUGGAAUAUGAACGCUGUAGAAACGGAUCAACGUCUGGAGAAAAAGACAUAAAUAAAGUUUAUCUGUGAAAACAGGAA